AUGUCAACAGAGAAGCCACCUUUGGCCUCAGGUUUAGCUCGGACACGGUCCGAGCAACUAUAUGAGACGCUGGCUGCUGCCAUCAAAUCACCUUUCGGCUCCAUGGACGCUAAUGGUGUCCCUGCGACGGCUCCGGCGUCCAUAGGUGGUGGAAGAGAGACGUUGUCUAGAAAAUCAAGCAGGAGACUGAUGAUGUCAGCGUCUCCAGGGAGGAGUGGAGGAGGAGCUGGGACACACAUAAGGAAGUCUAGGAGUGCUCAACUUAAGCUUGAGCUAGAGGAAGUCAGCAGUGGCGCGGCUCUGAGCCGCGCCUCCAGUGCUUCGCUAGGGCUUUCGUUCUCGUUCACCGGUUUCGCUAUGCCGCCGGAGGAAAUCUCCGACUCGAAACCGUUCAGCGACGACGAGAUGAUACCGGAAGACAAUGAAGCGGGAAACAAGAAGCCUAAGUUUCAAGCAGAACCAACAUUACCCAUCUUUCUCAAGUUCAAGGAAGUUACAUACAAGGUGACGGUAAAGAAACUGACAUCAUCUGCAGAGAAAGAGAUAUUGAGUGGGAUAAAUGGGAGUGUUAGUCCCGGUGAAGUUCUUGCUCUCAUGGGUCCUUCAGGGAGUGGCAAAACAACUCUUCUUAGCUUACUUGGUGGCCGAAUCUCUCAAUCCGCCACUGGAGGCUCUGUUACUUACAACGACAAGCCAUACUCUAAAUACUUGAAAAGCAAGAUCGGGUUUGUGACUCAAGACGAUGUGCUCUUUCCUCAUCUUACCGUGAAAGAAACGCUAACCUACGCUGCACGUUUGCGUCUACCUAAGACUCUUACAAGGGAGCAAAAGGAGCAACGUGCUAUUGAAGUUAUCCAAGAGCUGGGUCUGGAGAGGUGUCAAGACACUAUGAUUGGUGGAGCAUUCGUGAGAGGUGUAUCAGGUGGAGAGAGGAAAAGAGUUUCUAUAGGAAACGAGAUCAUCAUUAACCCUUCUUUACUACUUCUUGAUGAACCAACUUCCGGUUUAGACUCCACCACUGCUCUAAGAACCAUCCAGAUGCUCCAUGACAUAGCUGAGGCGGGGAAGACAGUGAUCACAACGAUACAUCAACCAUCUAGUAGACUCUUCCAUAGAUUUGAUAAGCUGAUUUUACUCGGAAGAGGAAACCUUCUCUAUUUUGGGAAAUCAUCAGAAGCUUUGGUUUACUUUUCUUCCAUUGGUUGCUCUCCUCUUAUCACCAUGAACCCUGCUGAGUUCUUGCUUGAUCUCGCCAAUGGUAACAUCAAUGACAUCUCUGUACCAUCUGAGUUAGAGGAUAGAGUUCAAGUCGGAAACUCAGGGAGAGAGCCUCAAACUGGCAAGCCAUCUCCUGCUAUUGUCCAUGAGUAUCUGGUGGAGGCAUAUGAGACUAGGGUUGCAGAACAGGAGAAGAAGAAACUAACUGAUCCUGUGCCACUAGAUGAAGAAGCUAAGGCUAAAGUCUUGCGUCUAAAGAGACAAUGGGGAGCUAGCUGGUGGGAGCAAUACUGCAUACUGUUCUCUAGAGGACUCAAAGAGCGUAGGCACGAAUACUUCAGCUGGUUGCGUGUAACGCAAGUUUUAUCCACAGCUGUUAUUUUAGGUCUUCUCUGGUGGCAGUCAGAUAUUCGGACUCCAAGAGGACUACAAGAUCAGGCUGGUUUGCUCUUCUUCAUAGCGGUUUUCUGGGGGUUCUUCCCUGUUUUCACAGCGAUAUUUGCGUUUCCUCAAGAGAGAGCAAUGCUGAAUAAAGAGAGAGCAGCUGAUAUGUAUAGAUUAAGUGCUUAUUUCUUAGCUCGGACCACGAGUGAUCUCCCUCUAGACUUUAUCUUGCCUUCUCUCUUCCUUCUCGUGGUCUAUUUCAUGACAGGUCUUCGUCUUAGCCCGUAUCCCUUCUUCUUGAGCAUGCUCACUGUCUUCCUUUGCAUCAUUGCAUCUCAGGGACUUGGACUUGCUAUUGGAGCAAUCUUAAUGGACUUGAAGAAGGCUACGACUUUGGCUUCAGUUACUGUCAUGACAUUUAUGCUCGCUGGAGGGUUCUUUGUCAAGAAAGUACCGGUGUUCAUCUCGUGGAUACGUUACUUAUCCUUCAAUUACCACACCUACAAGCUUCUUCUAAAAGUGCAGUAUAAAGACUUUGCUCAAUCCAUCAACGGGAUGAGAAUAGACAGUGGAAUGACUGAAGUGGUUGCACUCGUUGCCAUGAUCUUUGGUUACCGCCUCCUCGCUUAUCUGUCUCUAAGGCAGAUGAAGAUCACAACAUAACCCAUUUUGCUCAAGAAACCAAGAAAAAGUAAUAAUACCAAGAAGAACAAGCACUAAGACAUAAAAGAGAUCUUAAUGAUAUUUGACACGACCAAAUCCGUGACAAUGAUUAAGAGAUUAGUCCUAAUGUACUUCUUGCUUAAUUACAGUUCUGCGUUUGAUGAUAAUGAUUGGUGAAAGAAGUCUUGAUUGGAGAAGAUGUUUGUCUUAGUUUGUAAUGGUAUAUCGAAAUCUAAAUGGUUCAUGUUUAUUUAACAAAAAGAACCUUAUGUGUGUUGGGUCUAUCUCAAAUCAAGUCUCAAUCAUUACUAGCUUUUGUGUCUUUUAACAUAAGCCUUUGUCUAUUUUCGAUCUGAGUUUGUCGUCUAACAUGGAGACAGAAGGAUCAGAGUCAG